UAUGUUGCAGCUUUGUUUCCCUCUCUUUAAUGGCACGUUGUGGCCGCCGAGCUGGAGAACAGUUUGGUGAGAGCUGAUGUUGUUGGACUCCGCCAUCAUUUGCCGCCUACGGGGCUCCUCUGAUCUGCUCACCGUUGCCUCCUCCCACGCCGCGCUCCUCAAGUCGGGCGCCCGCACCGUCUCCGUCAUCAACCAUCUCAUCAACGCCUACGUGCGACGCGAGGCCGUCCCUGACGCACACAAGCUGUUCGACGAAAUGACCGUGCCCGACGUGGUAUCCUGGACUUCCUUGAUGGCCGGCUAUGUCCACGUCGCCAGGCCCGAUGACGCCUUAUCUCUGUUCCAUUACAUGCUGAACUGUGAGGCCCAGCCAAAUCCUUUCACUUAUGCGACGGCCAUCAAUGCCUGCUCUCGCCUUGCUGACCUCGCAUUGGGUCGGACGAUCCAUGCCCGGAUGGAGACCUGCGGCGUCCGAUCGGACGUCGUCGUCUCCUCUGCUCUCCUCGACAUGUAUGGCAAAUCUAACGAAGUCGACGAUGCCCGUAAGAUCUUCGAUGACAUGAUCGAAAGGAACGUGGUUUCUUGGGGUUCAAUGAUUUCAGCCUACGCUCAGAAUGCCCGCGGCCAUGAAGCACUUGCUCUUUUCGGGGAAUUCCUUCGAGCGAGCUCUUCAAUGAGCUUGGUUCCGAAUCACUUCAUGUUCUCCAGUGUCGUCAAUGCUUGUGCUAGCGUGGGAAGACUAGGCUUGGGGAGAUCGUCACAUGCAUCGAUCGUUUGCCGUGGAUAUGAUUCCAAUGAGGUUGUUGCGGGCGCAUUAAUCGACAUGUAUUCAAAAUGUGGAUCCAUUGACUAUGCAAGAAAGGUGUUCGAUCAUAUUGAGUGUCCUUCUUUAGUCCCAUACACCUCCAUGAUCAUAGCAGCAGCAAAGUAUGGACUUGGGAACCAGUCACUGGAACUGUUCGAUGAGAUGAUUGCUCAGGGAGUGAAGCCUAAUAGCAUCACCCUCCUUGGCGUCCUCCAUGCUUGUAAUCACUGUGGCCUCGUGGACAUUGGCCUCCUGCACCUGAAUUCGAUGAGAGACAGACAUGGCAUUGCACCGAGCAUGAGACACUAUACCAGUGUGGUCGACAUGCUUGCCCGUGCAGGUCGUCUUGAUGAAGCCCACGAGCUCUCCAAACAAGUUAAGGCUGAUGGUGAUGAUGCUCUGAUGAUAUGGAGUUCCCUGCUCUCGGCUUGCAGGACAUUCCAGCGGUUGGACAUUGCAGCUGAGGCAGGGAAGAAGCUUGCAGAGUUCGACCGAGACGUGGCUGGUGCAUAUGUGGCAAUGUCGAAUGCCUAUGUGGCAGUUGGGCAGUUGGAGAGUGCGACGAGGAUUUGGGCCGAGAUGAGCAGGCGGGGGAUCAAGAAGGAGCCUGCUUGCAGUUGGGUUGAGCUCAAGGAUGUAGCUUAUGUGUUCUACACUGGGGAGGUUUCAUCAGCUGGUCCAAGACAGGUGGAGUUGAUGGAGUUGUUGAAGGAGUUGGAGAGAAGGAUGAGGGAGAGGGGAUAUGUUGGUGGAGGGAAUGGGUGGGGGUUGGAUGGUGUGGAGGAGGGAGAGGAAGGAAAGGGAGUGAUGGUUGGAGUGCACAGUGAGAGGCUGGCUUUGGGGUUUGGGCUUAUAAGCACACCUAAAGGGAUUACCAUCCGGGUGAUGAAGAACUUGAGGAUGUGUAAGGACUGUCAUGAGGCAUUUAAGUUGAUCAGUGACAUUGUUGAGAGGGAGCUUGUGGUGAGGGACUUAAAUAGGUUUCAUCAAUUCAAGAAUGGGUCUUGCACCUGCAGAGAUUACUGGUGAUUGUAUCAUUAUCUACACAAAAGCAUGACAUGCUACCAGUCUACUAUCUGGAUGCCUCUUGAGGACCUUAAUGGCUGGGGUUUCUGUAAGAAAUGGAAUUAAGGAGAGAAAGGGAACAGAGUGAUGGUUGGAGUGCAUGGUGAGAGGAAAAGGAAUGACCAUCAGGGUGAUGAAUAACUUGAGGCUGUUAGGGACUGUCAUCAGGCAUUUAAGCUGAUCAGUGACAUUGUUAAGAGGGAGCUUAAGUGGACUUGAAUGGAUUUCAUUCACCUGUUCAAGGAUGGGUCUGACACCUGCAGAGAUUGCUAACGAUUGUACCAGUAUCAACACAAAAACCCUAUUUACUAUGUGUUGGUUGCACCAGCACUUGAAUACGUCUGGCAUGCAAGACAAUGUGAUCAGUCUGCUAUCUGGAUGCCUAUUAAGGGUCUUAUUGGCUGGGUUUCUACAAAAUGGUGAUAAAGCUUGAGGCGUGAUAACAGUGUCUCUGUUUACAAGGAUAAGACUGCAUGUAUCGAUCCUUUCCAGAUCUCACAGACAGGAGUCUUGUUCAUUGGUCUACACUUUUGUGAUGGUGAAGGAUAUAGAUUAAGAUGAUUCAUAAUGGACAUAAGAGAGAAAGAAAGCGAGAGGGGAAAGCAAGCAUGUAGGAUGAACUGACAAGGAUAGAGACAGUAGCUGCAUUGAAAAUUAAGUCGUAUCAGCUGAAUGGAGGUUGCUUUGUCAGCAUUUCGUUCUCAGAAUUUGUUGAUACAAAGGAGCAUAUCCUCUAUUGUCCCUAUUGUCAUGAUUUUUUGUGCACCAG